AUGGUGACGCUGCUCAAGAAGGGCGCCAAGCUCACGGAUGCGAUGCAGCAGCGCGUGCGCGGAAUGUACACGCGCCUGCAGACGGCGUGCAAUGAGGACCUGCAGGCGCCCCUCAGCCAGGGCGUGUGGCGGGCGCUGCGGGACCUCAUGCGCUCAAAGCCCGGCCUAGUCCUGGAUUAUGCCGCGGGCAUGAUGGCGAGCGUGCUGGUCAACUCGCCCGUGCGGAAGCAGCAGGCGCUCGAGAUGCCGACCGUUGCCGCCGUCAUAGUGGACAGGAUCGCGACGGGCAGCCCCCACUCCCAGCUGGCCUGCUGCACCGCCCUCGGCGUCCUCGCCGACACUCCCGCCGGCGCCGCCGCCGUCGCCGCCGCCCAACCCACGUCCAAGCCCGCCCCCGCCGCGCUCGCGUCGCUCGUCGUCGCCGCGACGGGCGCGGCAGCAGCGGCGGCGGGGCACGGCGGCGACCCGGCGCGGCCCGACGAGGCGGUCGCCGACUCGCUGGGCCGCCUCCUGACCGUCACACUGGGCACGCUCUCCAAUCUGGGCCGCGAGAGGAUUCUCGACGCGGACGUUGUGAGUUCAACGCCGGGGCCAGGCGGAUUCGGGUGCUUUGGGGCGUUGGUUGUGUGCGUGUGGGGGGUCCGAGUGUCACUGCUGGGGUCAUGA